GCCAAAGUGAAAUGCCUAUCUCUUGAAAAAAGAGCUUGGAAACAAAUGAGCCUAAAUCUCUUCACGGGACUUAUAAGAGUGUCACCGUUGGCAACAGGACGCGAAAGGAAACGCGAGCAUGCGUAGUCUUGACAGAAAAGCAGACGGCUUUUUUCAUACUCGACAAGUAUAAAGGAGAAAUAUACUAAACUACUGAAUGUUUUCCGUUGUAAAACAAUACACGUUUUGGUUUAUUUAGAUAGGGGACGUGUUUCAUUGUUUCCCUAUGAGUCGGUGUUGCGUGAUGUAUUCAACAGGCAUUGUUCAGGCUUGAGAUUGUGCAACCAGAUUUGACCGAGGUAACACAACCAUGAGUUGCAUGUACUACCGAGUUGACCCCGUGGCCUUGCCCCCUAUGUCCUUCGGUUUCCGAAAGGUCGACGAAGUAGAGCUACAGGAGAUAGUCCAGCGGAUGACGCGGCCGACUUACAGCAGUCUGCUUCAGAAAGACAUCGAACAGCGCUUCGCUCACAACUACCGAUACCUCCGCGAGAACAAUUCCCGUCGACGGACGCCAUCGGCGUGUGUUAGGCGCCGACCGGCGACGACCAUUCCCAUCGGCGGUGGUACCAACAGCAGACAGAUUUCAGAGAGGGACAUUCAGCGAAUAUUCCGUCGAAUGCAGACACAGACACAGUCGUCCAUUUAUCGAACGGUCUACGCCGAGAAGCCGAAAUUAAUGAGGGACCCUUUUUCACGGGAAGGGCGCGUGCACUUCAGAGACCAGAUGGAAAAGGCGAAAGCGUUCGAACGGUUGCGCCGACCGACCACCGCCAGUCGGGCGAAAGACGUCAGUGACUGUCACACGUGCAGCGAUCAGCAAUUGAGGUCCAAGUUCGACCUCGACGUUCCGUUGGAUUACGACUACGCGACGGAAGAGACCAGCGUGAGACCGGAAGAGCUGGAGUUCAUCGUCGAGCGGGUUCGGGCGACGACUUUCUCCCGAGAGGACACGAAGAGGUGCGAGCGACUGCCGCCGACUUUAGACGAAGUGAAGAUUCGCGAGAAGAUCCCGUUAGUCAGCGGACUGGCCCGAAGUAAGAACGUGGACGAGAUAGUGCAGAGGCUACAUCCUUCGAGACGACACGGAUACAAACCCGAAGCUACGGAAGUGACGGUCGAAUAAAUAAGUUAUGUUAAUGUUAUUAAAUUAGUUACCUUUCACAACAUCUCGUUCAUAUUGGUGGAAAUUGCAACAAACUUACACAAUAAAACAGGGUCUA